GGACAAUGGAGUAGUGCAGUCCAUCUAUGUUGAUACAGAUCUAAAGAACUGGACUAACCGAGUGUGUGCUUACGUUGCUCUUCACAUGGACUAAUUUUUGUUUUAUGCCGAGGAAAAGUUUUUCAGCGUGGGGAAAUUGUUAACAAGCCGCCGUAAACUCCACUGGCUCCGAAAAUCUGGCGCCCUGGCUCCAACAUUUUGGGCCCCCCUCUGCUACUACACAAAGUGAAGGUUGAUAUGCCACAUCAGUGAUGGAGCCCAUGACGGUGACGACGUCGGUGGUCGGACCGGAGGAGUUUGACCGCAAUGCCCCACGGAUCUGUGGAGUGUGUGGCGAUAAGGCCACCGGCUUCCACUUUAACGCCAUGACAUGUGAAGGCUGCAAAGGAUUCUUCAGACGCAGUAUGAAGCGUAAAGCCUCCUUCACGUGCCCAUUCAACGGGAGCUGCACCAUCACCAAGGACAACCGGCGUCACUGCCAGGCCUGUCGCCUCAAACGCUGCAUCGACAUCGGCAUGAUGAAAGAGUUUAUCCUGACAGACGAGGAGGUUCAGAGGAAAAAAGAGAUGAUCAUGAAGAGAAAAGAAGAGGAGGCUGCCCGGGAGGCGAUGAGGCCCCGACUGAACGAUGAGCAGGCUCGGAUCAUCUCCUCCCUGGUGGAAGCUCAUCACAAGACCUACGAUGCCUCCUACUCGGACUUCACCCGCUUCAGGCCUCCAGUGCGUGAAGGCCCAGUAACACGCAGUGCCAGCAGAGCCGCCUCCCUUCACUCUCUGUCUGACGCCUCCUCUGACUCAUUCAACCACUCACCCGAGUCUGUGGACACCAAAAUGAACUUCAGCAACCUGUUAAUGAUGUACCAGGACGGGGCGAGCAGUCCAGACUCCAGUGAGGAGGACAGCAAGCUCUCCAUGCUGCCUCAUCUGGCUGACCUGGUCUCCUACAGCAUCCAGAAGGUCAUAGGCUUUGCCAAGAUGAUCCCUGGCUUCAGAGAGCUGACGGCAGAAGACCAGAUAGCUUUGUUGAAGUCGAGUGCCAUCGAGAUCAUCAUGCUGCGUUCAAACCAGUCAUUCAGCCUGGAGGACAUGUCCUGGAGCUGUGGUGGCCCUGACUUCAAAUACUGCAUCAAUGACGUCACCAAGGCCGGUCACACUCUGGAGCUGUUGGAGCCGCUGGUGAAGUUCCAGGUCGGUCUGAAGAAACUCAACCUGCACGAGGAGGAGCACGUGCUACUCAUGGCCAUCUGCCUGCUCUCCCCAGAUCGUCCCGGCGUCCAGGACCACAAUCGCAUCGAAAAGCUCCAGGACCACCUGUCAGAGACCCUGCAGGCCUACAUCCGAGUCAACCACCCAGGGGGACGCCUCCUCUACGCCAAAAUGAUCCAAAAGCUGGCCGACCUGCGCAGCCUGAAUGAGGAGCACUCCAAGCAGUACCGCUCGCUCUCCUUCCAGCCCGAGCACAGCAUGCAGCUCACCCCGCUGGUGCUGGAAGUGUUUGGCAGCGAGGUGUCAUAGCAGAGGAAGAGAAGCUCUCACACUCAUCACUCACAGGAUGAUUAAACAACCCAUACCGCCUUUUCCCCAGGAAACCCUAGCCCUGAUAAACCUGGACAUGUGGGAGAAAGAAGGAUAAUUGCUUCUUCAUAAUCUGCUCCUCCUCCUCCCGCUUCUUUUCCUCCUCCUCCUCCUUCUCUCUGGACCUCGAGCAGCAGAUACCUGGACCUCUGGAUUAAUGGAUUUCAGACACCAGAGUAUGAUGUGGAUUUCUGCCGUACUUGGAUCACCAGAUGAUAUUGAACCUCUGGAUUUGCAAACAGAACCGCAUUAAGAUCCUCUCUACAUCCAAAAAAAAAACGCCUUUUCUCAUCACCAUCUCUGAACCCUACUGCUGGACUCCUGCCUUUUUUUUUUACAGUAAUGACAGCUCGACGGAUGUGAUUUUCACAUCCUUUAUACCAUCAACCUCAUAACAUCGUUCCAUGUUCGCAUCGUCUCGAUUAGUGACUGGAAAAGUUGCAGAUUUACAUCUGUUAACCAUGUGAGGUACAGAUAUAUCUCUAGCUAUGUUACUACACCAGUGUUAGAUAGCUAUAAACAUUUACAGUUUGUAACAGCAAAGACAUCCAAAUAUAUGAAAUAUCUACAUAGCCAGCAAUGAGCAAGCUUCAGAAAAGUCAUGGAAAUACUUAAAAUUACUUGGUUAAGAUGGGAGUCUAGCGUUGCCAUGCUCAGUGUAUCUGUGCAUUUGCAAGCUCAGACAGUCAGUUUAAUUAGGAGUGUUGUUGUGUGAAGGAAAAGGAGAUAUGGAGGGAAAUGAGGAAAGGAGGUAGGAUAAAUGGAGAGAAAUGCUACGGUCAAAGUUCCCUGCUUGCAAGAGAAAAGGGAAUUUCACAAAGCAAGAAUGUAUGUAUAAUGCUAUAUAGAUAUAAAUGAUACGUAUAAGCUGAUAUAUAUAAAUAUAUAUAUAUCUAUAUAUAUAUAUAUUUAAGAGAGUGGUUGCUUCUUAAGGAAGCAAACAGUACUGAGUGUUGUAUAAUGUAGAAGAUAUGAAGGCCCCUCCUCAGCUUUGUGAAGGUGUCGUCUUCAAACGACACAUCUCACUCAUACGAGCGCUCUGAGAAGUGUGUGAGGAGUCCUUCUAUUUUUGUGAUGUGUGUACAGUUUAUGAGAAUAUUGAUGGACCACAAGGGGGCACGUGUACAGGCUCUGACUGAGGGUUUAGUGCAGGGAGGCACUUCUCUGUUGAUGUUUUUUAGUCGUGUGUGGACCUGUGAAGUUUGUAGACUGACAAACACAACGUCACAUUUUAGUGGAUAGUGAUUAUCCAGAAAAAUGAAAAAAGACAAAAAAAAAAUGUUCGGCUGGUUAGAUUGCUGCUAAGACAGUUAGAGCUAGAUAGUUGGACAGAAGCCAACUACCGGCUGUUGCCUCAGGGAAAAGUUUGUCUGAUAUUGUGUACUUUCUGGUGUGCGUGGCGUAAGCUUACAAUCAUGAGACAGAGAUUGUUUUUUGAAGCUCUAGGCAUCACUGUGAUUUCUAAUCAAUACAAAAUAACAGCAUAAGUAAGCUAAAAGAGAACCUUUUUAAAAUGAUAACUAAAGAUUUUCAUUCCUAAGCUUAUCUGUUUGAUAUUAAACGGUUUGCAUGAUCAUGAUUAGACAUCAUCAUUAAAUUUAAAGGCCCCAUUGAAAGUUAUAAUAGAAAACAAACUCAUUUUAGUUCAAGUAUUGAUUUAUUAAUGUCAGCGUUGGCUUUGUUUCCUUUCAGGGCAGAGAAACUAUUCUACAGAUGGUAGCAAUGUACAGUAGUAAGUGUAUAGCAUAUAGUGUUGAAUGAAAUCCUUCUGAAGCAGAGAGUUGUAAAACAGAGAAAGAAACGUUUUUAUAUUUAAUACAGAAAUCAAGCCUCAUACUUUAUUGUCACAUUUAUAUCAUUUCAACACCAGCCACAUAAGCGAGGUUUUUAGGAUGUUACAUUUCAACAUCACUACAUAUCAUAUCAUGUUUCUGUCAACACAGUGCAUGCUCACCCCUCAUGCAGGCCUGGAUCGCCCCCUUGUGGACAAACUUUGUAAAUACCACUUGCUACGUCUGUACAUAGUUAGAGAUUAAUGUAGGCAAAAUACUAAGAGAAUUCAGUCGUUGAUGGCAAGAUGCUCUGGAGAUACAGCACUAUAUGCAAAUUAGGAGAUGGACUCUUAUGUUUUAUUCAACUAGUAUGGACAGGGGUACUCCUGGUUAAAUAACUGACUUGUUCUUGGCACCUGGUGAAAGACUGCUGAAUUUGGGUUUACUAUCAUGGCUCUUGAAAAAGGACAUCUUCAUCUGAAUAUUUGGCAGUAGAUGUAAGAAUAUUUUGCUAGUUUCAUACCAAUAGGCAGACAUUUAAAUGCCUCACAGAUCAAAGCUCAGUCCUAACUAGCAUUGUUUAUUCCCUCCUAUGUCAGCCAUUAUUUGUGCCCACUCUUUAAGGAACUAAAAAAGGAGCUGUCCCCCAGCUUAGUCUUCAACAGGGAUGGUUUUAAGAAGAAAAUAGGAACAAAAAAAUAGGAAAAGUACCAGAUGCUUUUUGUAUUUUAAUAUUGAACUUGGCUACACGGGAUGCAAAACCAAUCAUGGUUGGUUUUGCUGCUGAUGUCACACUACAUUAUUUUUCAGUCUUAAAGGUCACAUAUUUUACCCCUGUAAGACAAGUUUAUAAUGGUCUCAGAGACAUACCUGUGAAGUUUUUUGCUGGGAAAAACACUCCAGUAUAGGAAUUUUGUGUGUCUAAAAGCCCCUCUUAUUCAGCCCUGCUCAGAACGAGCUGUUUCUGUGUUUCUGUGGCUUUAAAUGUUACUGAGCUGUCUGACUUCGACCCCUGGCUACACCCCUCUCUCUGAAAGGAGGGUGGAACUUUAUUCCAAGUGGAAUCUGAUCCUUGGGGGGAUUGUGGACAGGCUGAGGGCACAUAUUUUUACAAGAAAAGCCUGAAAAAGCAUAUUUCGCAUAAUAUGUGACCUUUAAAUGAGUUUAAAAAAUGUGCACAAAAUAACUGCAUCAGUUGCACGAUGCAACUGAUGCAGUUAUUCUGUAAUACAAAAAAAAAUUUAAACCCCCGAACAGCUGCAUUUAUUCCACUUUCUCACUAACAGCUACAUUUAAUAUUUUAUUUACCUUUGCUUAAUUAUAAUUUCUCAGCCUGAUGUUUAAACACAUCAUUAGCUAGUGUUAUAUUACCCUGUUUAAUUAGCUAACCAGCUUUUGUUCUGGUGGUUUCAUAAUUUAUUUCAACAAAGGACUCAUAUUGAAGUCUGAGGGACUUACCACAGCUGGAGAAUGAGGACUGUCCUGCAACAGCAGGCGAGUUGAUGGCAAGUUGUGCUGUAUUUCAGUUUUAAUUAGGUUAAUACUUAAUGGUUGGCAAUCCAUUUUACCUAUAAUAACACUACACUGCACACAGCAGAGUAUUAACCACAGGCUUUCUACUCACUGUUAACAUCUUUUGAGAACAGUUACCCCCUAAACUUGUCAAUACAGGAGAUGCUCCAGCUAUGAAAUUAAGGCCAAUACAGACGUUAAACUGGUGCAUGGUUGCAUUCCUAACCAGUAUAGUUCCUUUUUAAAGAGCCAGACUUGGUCCUACCCUGUUUUUAAGAUGCUCCUGCUCGUGCAUGGAUGAGACUCAGAAAUCAAAGGUUCUAUGAUUGCAGAGGCUUCAUGUGACUGAACAUUCCCAGUGGUGGUCGUGUUGAGCAUUCCAGCCAGCUAAGACUCAUGCACAACUAAGUUUACAUCAGUCUGAGCAUCUCUGACAAGCAGCAGUCUUUUCCAGGCUCCAAACAUCUCAACCAGGACGUUUCCUCUGUGUCCAUGUCAAGCUUAUGGAUGUACACCUUUUAUCUUUCUCUCUAUUUCUAAAGUCUAUCGAUAAGCUUUUGACAAUUAUACAGUAUACCCAUUAUAUUUUAAUUUUGGUGAUUUUUUUUUCUUAAUUUUCUUUUUCUUUUCAAGAUUGUCAAUAUUAAUGCGUGUCAGUUUGCUGUCUAGCUAGCGCUUGGCUUUCUGCGCUGGGACGUCGUUUUAAUGAAGCAGAGACGAGCAUGGUGGACUCCUGGAGCCUUUUCCAAAGGCCAAUGAAUGAGAUCCCUUUUCUUUUUUGGCUAACUUCAAAGGAGUGAAACAGACCAGCCCUUUUUUAACCAAUGACGUGGCUUCACUCUUUGUUCAGACAAGGAGGGCCCACGGCUACCGUUCUCCUUCCUGUUUACUGAUGGAGAAAAACACCUGGAGUUGUACUCUGAGGGGAGGGGAAACAGUGGAGCUAUAUCUCUUCAUUGUCAAUGGAAAGGCAGUCACCAGCUCUGUAAAAAGAGAAAACAAACCAUCUCCUUUUCCAGAAGCGAGAUGUCCAACACAAUCAAGUGAUCAUGAACUAACACUGCCUCAGAUGACUCAUACAGGAUUUAGCCAGUGGCAACAGCGACAGCACGGGCGUGCCUCUACAUUCAUCACUCAACCAUCUAACCGCCUCUUCUUCUGCAAUAGCCAACUACAGCAGGAUUACUCUUCAUAGCUUUAACUCAGCAGCCAUUCAGGCUCUGCUUUUGGAAAAAAAAAGCAACUGUGGUGCACCAAGGGCUGACAGGAGUCACAGAUUUAGCUGCUUUGGAAUCAGAAGUGUCACUUUACUGUGAAAAGACAAUGCAGAAAUGGCUCCUUUUUGUCCCGUUUGACCCCAGAAAAACAUUUGGAUUGGACCUCUGGAAGUCUGUGUAGAAUCUGUAUAGAAAAAUCUUAGGAGAAAAUGUAUUUUUAAAGCAAGAAUUGCCACAUGCAGACGAAGCUGUACAGGCAGUGUGUGCAGUGGCAGAUGAUGAGAUGUCGCCUCCUAAACCCAAAGUGUGACAUUACCUUUCUCACAACUCUGUGUCUUGCAUCGCAGCUCUUGAAUUUUUUAAAAAACAAUCAUCAUUUUGUUUAAGAGUAGUUGUUUAAAUACAUAAAAAGGGGACUUUUUACAUUUAACAUCAACAUCUACAUCAUCUGUUUUAAAAGGAAUGCAGGACAGGGGGAUGGGGAGAGGCUGAGCCUCUUUAAGGGUUCUGAGCAUGAUUUUUUUUCAUUAUAAAUGGCUAAACUUUUGGUUUUAUAAGGAAAAAUUAUACCUGCAAGGCUGAACUGGCAUUCAUUUUUACACUAAUAGCUAGCAUAAGCAUUGCAACAGGCCAUUAGCGCUCAGUGAACCCAAACAAGCAACAGCCUCUUCCUUCUCUCCCCUCGUCCCUUCAACCCAGGUCAGCAGCUCCACCUCAGUAGCCUUACUUACAAAACCUCACUCAGCUGGAAACAUUUAACAGAUACCUCAAUAAUAAUUUACAGGAUGACUUUUUUUACAAUAGCCUUUAAGGGAACCAAACAUAAACCCACAACAUACACUCUCAACAGACAAACCACAACAACUCUCUCCUCAGCAGCCUCUGCAGUGUUUUUUUUUUAACGACAAACAUACGGUCAAAUAGUUGCAAGUUGUAUAAAAAAGAAGUUUAUCCUGUAGAAUCCUCUUGCCAGUAGACCAGUCAGUAUAUGAGUGGAUCCCAAUGUUUCUAGAUGUUUCUAACUGUCUCUCUGUUGUGCUCUACUCACUCGAUCCUCAUCUCUGCCUCAAUCUGUGUUUUCUGUCUUUUUUUGUCUUGACGGACAGAUGGCGUGCCGCUAAGCUUCGGCGCUGCGUUUAACCAAACAUACUACCUCUCCCUUCCGCACAUAUAUACCGUAUGUGUGUAGAAACAUACAUACUUUAUAUAUUUAGUUGCAGCAUGAUUGUGUUUAUGAUUAACACUAAUUUAGAAGGGUUUUUUUUUUUGUUUUUUUUAUAUGUACAGUUUAUUUUUCUUUUUGACUCUAUUUUCAGAUGCUGGAUGAUUUUUUUCGUUACCUCAAAUCUCAAUGUAAGAAUUCAAAAUUAUAAAGUCAGUACAAACAGAGGCAUCUUCAGUAUAACACCACCACUGAAGUGUGUUAAAACUUGGCAUUAAAGGAAGCUACGUUCACAUAGCAGUAAUAUCGACACAAAUCCCCCAUCAGAGGAUUUCUGAUUCUCCAUGAGGAGCACGAAAACCUCGCUGGAAUUCAUAGUUAGAAAACAGAGUCAGUAAAACAAAUAAAUAAAAACACUUUAGUGUGUUUAUAGCAACAUUCAGCUUGUUGUAAAGUGACUCAAGAUGCAACCAGGCUUACUUUGAAUAUUUAAAACAAACAUGCAUGCAUGACAGUAUUAUUCCUUUAUUGAAUAGUUUUUAAUUAAGGGAAAUAAGCUGAUAACCUAUCUUGCUGAGCUUUUUGAAUUGAUUCAAGCCAACUCUAGGCAAAGUAAUAUUUGGUUCAGAGCUAGUUUUGUAAUAAAAGUUGAUUUUAUUUUAAGACAGUUGAAGAUUUAAACUGAAUCGGCUCUGCUAGCUUGGGUUCAACAUAGCAGGUUUUUAAAAAGUGAUUAAUGGCUGACCCUUGUCUAUUAUGUGAAUGUAGCAUAAAGCAGCAUUGUGCACACUUCAGAGGCAAAUAGAGCUAGAAGAUCAUGCAGACUCUGGGGGACAGGAGGUGGCUUGUCCUGCUUGAGACAGCUCCUCCUUCAGUUCAGACACAACUUUGAAAAAAUAGAUAUUACUCAAACUGUAAUUUGUAGUAAAAUUCCUGAAGACAUCUCAGCUCAGUCAACCUGUAGUUCUUUAUUUUGACUCUUGGUACAGUAAAGGUUUUAAAGUCCCGAGUUGGUGUGGCAAAGUCGGAAACAUCCCCUCUUAGACCUGAGCGACCACUUUGAGCUUUAAUCAGCUGUUCAGAGACAACAUUAAGGAGGUCCUGCCAUUGGAUUUUACCAUCAUAGAUGAAAAUGGUGUUGGUUAGUCUGGUAACUGUUCUGUCUCUACACCUGAUAUGAAAACAAGUAUUCUGUGGCCCCUCAGUCUGCUUUGCUUUAGUAACGCAGGUUUUUCUGUGUUUGUCUCCGACUAAAGCUUUCCUCAAACCUCUGAAAAGGCUUUCUAACAUUGGGAUCCUAUUUUAGAUCAUUUAGAUAUGUGUUGAUGUUUUUCUGCUCCACAACCAGCCAAGUCUCACACUCACCAGCUCCACCUCAGUUUCUUAGCCUUCUUCGCUCGCAAUCACUGCUCUGCUCCUGAAUUCUUCAUCUGUUGGCUGCUUUCACUCUGCUUUCAUAAAACCAGGCCUUCAAAAGAUAUGCUGUGAAUGACACAACAAGCCUUUAGUGUACACUUUUGUAUCGUGUUAAAUCACAUUUAAGCUCACAGCAUGUGUAACUCGUCAAAGUUUUAAUUGCAAUCAUGGAAAGCUUUUGGCAGUUGUAGUAACUGAAAAUUAGUUUAUUGCGUACAUGUGAGACGUUUCAUGACCUUUUGGGAGAGAAAAAGUUAAAUUAGAGCAGACUUUGACUUAGACGUAACGAAACUUGCUAAAAAGCCAGCAGUUGUCUUUUGGACAUAAACACAUCAACUUUUCCUGAAAAUGGUCUGACCGUUUAUUGAACUUUAGCCGAUUUCUGUCAUCUUUUGCUACAUAAAAAAUUUGGACUGGCCUUCGUUAAAGUUGACUUCAAUUUUUUCAGACAUUGGAAAUAAUGCAAAGCAUUAUGGCUUUUUGUUAACUCUGUAUGAAAUGGUUAUGAUUUGUUUCAGUAGAUCCCUGGCAGAGAUAACUACAACUUUAACCUCAAUGCUGCAUUUCACUUAUUAUAAAGGUCUGGUUUUCCCUGAACAACCAAGUGGCUAUCUGUAUUCUCACGAGGCUACUGCCAGUGAGAUCACUCCUGAGUAGAUGCUUUAAGUAAACUUUAAAUGAUGUACUUUUUACUUUUACUCAACUAGAAAUACAGGCAAGCAAUUUUCCAGCUCCAUUUUUACAAAAAUAUCUGUACUUUUAUUUGAGUACAAUAGUCUGGUACUUUUCCGCAUUUCUCAGUUGGCUAUGGUAGCUGGUGUAGUCCAAAAAAAUAGUUUGGAUUGAGGUUGGUUUUACAAACAAACAACACCAGGGGUUGAAAUGAGCAGUCUCACCCUUUAAAAAUGGUCUUAUUGUGGGUUUGACUGACUGCUUUAACACCAGGGUAAACAAACCACACUUUAUUGGCAAACCGACUCGAGGCUGUUUUAACCAAACCUAACGGGUUAGGUGUGAAAACGCCCUUAAGAGGAGUACUUUACUCAAAGCUGUGCAGCUGCUGCCAGUAUCGUUGAUCUACUGUCACAUUUCUAAACCAAAGGAGACCUGACAGUCACGUCUGCAUCAGAACAUGCUCUACUAGGAAAUAGAGAUAUAGAGGAACUCCCCUAAAGGUCUGCGUCUGAAACACUGUCCUCCAUGUUUGGACCUGAAGAGAGCGAGUGAACAGGAUAUCGGCUUUUCUACUGUCCUAACAGAUGAUUGGCUGUCAUCAGGACAGUUUGUCUGUUGCUCUGAUUGCAUCUCUCUGCUACCUCUUUGAAAAUGCGCUUGCUCACAAACACACAUGCACUUACUCUGAACAACAGCUCUUCACAGACGAAUACACUGACUGAAAGACACUGAACACACACUCAGAAGGACACACACACACGGCGCACACACGUGUGCACUUCUCUCUCCCUCACCAGCAGUUUUUUGCCAAUGAUGCACUUGUGUUUUUGUCUCUUUAUGCUCUGCAAAACGUGACGUCUCAAAACAAUUUGUCAUCAUCUCUGUUUGAUCUUCUUUUUUAAAAUCUCUAAUCUCUCUAGUGAGACCUGGGCUAGCCAGGUGGAUAGAAAUAAAACCAUUAAUUCAUCCAGUACCUAAGGAAAGUUUCAUGUCUUUUUAAAAAAAUAAAAACCAACAUAAAUGCACAUAUUGCUCAGCUCAGUUGUACCUUGGUGUGCCUAGAACCCACAGCCUUAUUUUGGGACAAUAUCAGGGGUUUUAAAUCAGAAUACAGGACGACUUGUCUUCGUAUUUCUCAUGUUAAGACAGUUUCAUUUAGUUCCAGUAGCUGUUUUUCCUCUUUUCAUAUUCACACAUUUGUAAUUGUUGUAUUAAGUCCGCAGUAGCUUGCUCAUGGGAGGGGCCACACCUUUGUUCAUCUGCUGGCUCUUUAAUUUCAUUCAGCACUUCUGUUUAUUUUUGAUCCUUUCAGUAAGCGUUUGUAUUUUUAAUCUUUCCUGGUCAAAAAAGAGAAAGUAUCUCAAUUGAUAAAUUUCUGUGGCUGAUGCUUUUCAAAGUUUGUCAUUUAAUUUGACUUGAUUUUACUUUUUUUUGUGAGAAUCUCCAGCAGACUGUGACCUCCCAUAGCAGACUUAAUGUCAUCUUUAAGAGGACAAAAGAAAAACAAUGUAGUCAUGUCCCAAGAUAAGAACCUUCCCCCAUACCCAUGCACACCACCAUGCAGUAAACCUCACCAGACCUCAGUGCUUCUAGCCGAAACUUGUCUCAACAUAAACAGAUGCCAUGGCAGAGCUGUUGAUGGCACCGUCAGCAGCCUUAUAAAUAGAUUAUCAAAAGCAAAUAGAGUUCUACUACAGAACUUUAACCAAUGUCUCUCUCUCUCUUUGUGGACAGAAUCACCACCUGUUUUUGUGUUGCUCUUUUCUUUUUCUUUUCUAUUUUUUUUUUCUUUUGGCUCUUCUUGUCUUUGAAGUUGAUCCAUUGUACUUUGAUUACAUGCAUUGUAUGUAGUAAAAUACUGAUAAUGUUUUGGGGAAAUCACAAAUAAAACAGCUGUA